AUGCUUGUGAUCGUUUCCUGGGUAUCAUUCUGGCUCGAUCGUACGGCCGUUCCAGCUCGCGUUACACUUGGCGUUACGACACUACUUACCAUGACAACUCAGGCUUCUGGUAUCAACGCUAAACUACCACCAGUGUCUUAUACAAAGGCAAUUGACGUAUGGAUUGGUGCAUGCCUUACAUUCAUUUUCGGAGCUUUGCUCGAGUUCGCUUGGGUUACAUACAUAUCGUCAAGAACUUUCGUCAAAAAUGCACGGAUUUACGCGGUCGGUGCUCCACGCAAAUAUCAGUGUGACAACGUCAGGUUUCUCACCUUGUGA